AGUUUAUUAACUUAAGAUGUAGUCAUUUAUACUGCCGUGUUGUAACGUUCAUUUCAGUGGUGGAGCUGUGUAUCCUGUCUGAGCAAACGGCUUGUUUGAGAAUGACCGAGGUGUGUAAAGAGCAGUACGGCGCUGCACCGGGUCCCGUGGAGAGAUGGCGCCUGCGCUCCGGCGCUGUGAGUGUGGAGAUCCUCUCUCUGGGCUGCGUGAUCAAGUCCGUCAGCACACCGGAUCCUCGCCAGAUGUGGCCACAGUCCGUACAGAAAGAAAGAAAGAAAGAAAAAGGAGAAGAAUCAAUAAUGAUUCGGAGAGUCGGGCCUUUGAAUAUUGUUGUGGCCAAAGGAUAUCUCUCAAACCCUCGCUACUUUGGAGCUGUGGUUGGCCGGGUUGCAAACCGCAUUGCUAAGGGCCGGUUUGUGGUAGAUGAGAAAGAAUAUGAACUGGCUAUAAACAAUGGACCCAAUGCUCUGCAUGGAGGACUGAAGGGCUUUGCCGUGUGGACCACAGAGGCAGUGGAUAAUGGAGUGAAGCUGAGUCACUUCAGUCCAGAUGGUGAUGAGGGUUAUCCUGGGAACCUAAACGCUUCUGUCACCUACAGGCUGGAGAAGAACACACUGAGUGUGCUGUACCAUGCACAGACUGAACGUACUACACCCAUCAACCAUUCAUACUUCAACCUGGCUGGACAGGGGACACCAGACAUUUACGACCAUUCUGUAACCAGAACCUGUCAAAUAUGGUUUUGUUACAAUGUAACAGGGGAGGUGAAACCUGUGGAGAAGACCCUGUUUGACCUGAGAAAGCUUGUCCUCUUGGGCUCUAGACUGGAAGAGCUGCCUGGUCCAGGCUUUGAUCACAACUUCUGUCUGUGUUCACCUGGAGAACCACCACUGGAGCGAAAAUGUGCACGAGUGGUGCAUCCUGGGACGGGUCGUGUUCUGGAGGUGAGCACUACACAGCCUGGGGUUCAGUUCUACACCUCUAACUUCCUGGAUGGGACAUUGAAAGGAAAGGGUGGAGCUGCUUACUCCAAACACAGUGCCUUCUGUUUAGAGACCCAAAACUGGCCAGAUGCUGUUAACCAGCCUCAUUUUCCCGAUGCUCUGCUGAGGCCAGGAGAGACCUACACACACACAACACGCUUCACAUUCUCAGUGAUCUGA